AUGGCUCCGACUAAGCUGAUUGUUGUGGUUGGUGCCACCGGAAACCAAGGCGGCUCGGUUGUUGACGUUUUCUUGUCUGCACCUGGCUGGCGAGUGCGGGCUCUUACACGAAACACGUCGAGCGCCAAAGCUCAAGCUCUCGCUGCCCGCGGCGCAGAAGUCGUUGCCGCCGAUUUAGAUGUCCCAUCGACGCUUGAGCCAGCUUUUCGAGGCGCAAACGCCAUCUUUCUCGUCAGCGACUUCUGGGGUUUGUACGGAGACCCGGCCAACAAGGACAAGCCCAAGCCGGGCCAGGCCCUGAAUGUCUGGGCUGCAGAACACGAAGUACAGCAACUGAAGGGCGCCAUCGAUGCUAUAGCAAAGGUCGCGACUCUGGAGCGUUUUGUCUAUUCCUCUCUUUCGAAUGCGACCAAGUGGUCCAAUGGCAAGUACACUCAUGUGUAUCACUUUGACUCCAAGGCCAUUGCAGAAGACUACGCAAGGGAGAUAUAUCCUGAAUUGUGGGCCAAGACGAGCAUCUACCAAGCCGGAUUUUUUCUGAGUAAUUUCGUCUUGAACCCGAUCUUGCAACCAGUUAAGGGAGAGGAUGGCGUUGCCCGGUUCAUUGGCAACAUAGAUGUAAACGUCAAAUUCCCCUUUGUUGCCGCUGAAGAGGAUUCAGGUCACUUUGUCAAGGCCCUUGUGGACGAGCCUGCAGGCAAGAACCUCAUCGGCUACAGGGAGUGGCUCACUCACCGAGAGCUUGCAGCUGUCUUUACACAGGCAACUGGCAUUGCGGCUGAGGUAAUCCAAUUGCCCAAUGGCAAGUCCAAGGUUGAGGAGCCACCUGAACUCAAGGUGGAACUGGAUGAUAACUUUGCGUACUGGAAUGAAUUUGGCUAUGAGGGGCGAGCUGACCCUACGAUUGUUCACCCGAGAGACUUGGCAACCCUUUCAAAGCUCGAUACCGUGUUCAACUAUUUCAAGAAGCAGGACUGGACCAAAGUUUUGGGUUGA